GGCGGUUGCGGCGGGUCGGACAGGCUGGGUUUCGCGGGCGUGGGGUACAGCGGCCGCCAUGAACUUCUCCGAGGUGUUCAAGCUCUCCAGCCUGCUCUGCAAGUUCUCCCCGGACGGCUUGCUGCGUCCAGUACCGGUUAGUGGUCCGGGAUGCGAACACCCUCCAGAUCCGCCAGCUGUACACGUGCCUGGACCAGAUCCAGCACAUCGAGUGGUCGGCCGACUCGCUCUUCAUCCUGUGUGCCCUCUACAAGCGGGGGCUGGUGCAGGUUUGCGGCCCGAGGCUCGGACGCCCCCCGUACCGGAGCGUAGCCCCCGCGAAGGGCCUCGUCCUGUGCCCUGCCGGUCUGGAAGAAGAGGCAGCACAGCUCAAAGGCCGUUUUCUUUUAAAAUUGUGUGGUCUUUGGAGCAGCCAGAGUGGCACUGCAAAAUAGACGAGGGUUCGGCAGGGCUGGUGGCUUCCUGCUGGAGCCCCGAUGGGCGCCACAUCCUCAACACGACGGAAUUCCACCUGCGGAUAACCGUCUGGUCCUUGUGCACAAAGUCCGUGUCCUACAUCAAAUACCCUAAGGCCUGUCAGCAGGGAAUAACCUUUACCAGGGACGGCCGCUACCUGGCCCUGGCCGAGAGGCGGGACUGCAAAGACUACGUGAGCAUCUUGGUCUGCAGCGACUGGCAGCUCCUGCGGCACUUUGACACGGACACGCAGGACCUGGCCGGGAUCGAGUGGGCCCCCAACGGCUGCGUGCUGGCUGCCUGGGACUCCUGCCUGGAGUACAAGAUCCUGCUCUACUCCCUGGACGGCCGGCUGCUGUCUACGUUCUGUGCUUACGAGUGGUCCCUGGGCAUCAAGUCCGUGGCCUGGAGCCCCAGCAGUCAGUUCCUGGCAGUCGGGAGCUACGACGGAAAGGUGCGGAUUCUUAACCACGUGACUUGGAAAAUGAUCACAGAAUUCGGGCAUCCCGCGACCAUUAAUAAUCCCAAAAUAGUGGUGUACAAGGAGGCCGAGAAGAGCCCGCCACUGGUGCUGGGCCGCCUGGCCUUCCCUCCGCCCAGAGCAGCGGCUGGGCCCCUGUCCUCCAUGGAGAGCAAAUACGAGGUCGCCUCGGUGCCGGUCUCCUUACAGACUCUGAAGCCUGCCCCCGAUAGAGCCAACCCCAGGAUCGGCGUCGGGGCGCUGGCCUUCAGUCCUGACAGCUGCUUCCUGGCGACGAGGAGUGACAGCGUCCCCACCGCCGUCUGGAUCUGGGACAUCCGGAAGCUGAGGCUGCUCGCGGUGCUGGAGCAGCUGUCCGCCGUGCGCUGCUUCCAGUGGGACCCGCGGCAGGCCCGGCUGGCCAUCUGCACAGGGGGCAGCAAGGUGUACCUGUGGUCGCCGGCGGGCUGCGUGUCGGUGCAGGUGCCCGGGGAAGGUGACUUCCAGGUGCUCUCCCUGUGCUGGCACCUGAGUGGGGACUCCCUGGCCCUCCUCAGCAAGGACCACUUCUGCCUGUGCUUCCUGGAGACGGAGCAGGGGGUCGGCACAGCCUUCGGGCAGAAGGGUGACCACACGUAGGACCCGUGCGUGAUCAGGCCCACGUGGCUCAAGGUGGGAGACCUCGGCUUGUGUUGGCCGCGGGAAAGGAGCAGAGCUUCUUGGUGCAGGGUCUCCCACUGGGGUGGCCCGGAGGAAAUGCUUUCCUUCCAUUUUUCUAUAGCAAGGCAUUUUUGUUAAUAUGUAUGGUAUAAAACUAAUUUUUGUUACUUAAA